AUGCUUCCCAGCCUUCUUCUCUUUGCCCUCGCUGGCUUCUCCAGAGCCUCUCCCACUGGCCUUCUUACCACUUCCCAUGAUCUACAGGCCAGGGAGAUCCACGCUGAUGAACUUCAUGCUCGCGCCCUCGCUAAUCACCCCAAAGACCUCAUCAUUGACUCAGGGGAUCUCAAUGACUACAUCAAGAAGCACCCCAACUCUGAUAGCGUAGUCUAUCUGAAGGACAAACAGUCCUUCGUACCAUUGUCAAGCGUCUCGGAAGUCGAAGACAAAGAAGCUAAGGACGACAAGUCCAAGCGUCAGUACACUGGCCCUUGCUAUGUCUAUGACCAGUGGCAGGCCCGCGACUCCCAAUCCUACUGGGGCCCGUGGGAGACAGCUUCAGGUUGCCUUUACACUGGCUUGAGUGAGGGUUCAGGUACCCGUACUAUAAGCUGGUCCAAAUCGGUCUCAGUUGAAGUCUCAGGUGGCUUAGAUUGGAACCCCAUUAAGGAUGUCUUGGGAGUCUCUCUUGGCCUUGCUGUCACAAACACCUGGACUGAUGGUGGUAAGAUUGACUGUAACAUCCCUGCUGGAUCAGUCGGUCAGAUCUGGGCCCAGAAAUAUCUAGGAGAAGCACACAUGUGGAAGAGAAUGUGCCAGUCAUGCGGCGCCUCUGGCCAAAAGUGUCUCGGUGACUGGGAAGAAGCUGGAUUUGUCAAAGCUCCAACUGAUGGUUCGGAUCCUGGCAAGAACCUUAACACUGGCUGCAGCACUGGCAAUGAGAACGUCAAAUGCUAG